CAAGUAUCUGUUGUUGAGGAAGUUUGUUUUUAACAGCUGAAGGAGGAAAACCAAAAACAAGAAGGACAUGACUGUUGAAAGAACUGCGUCACUCGUCUUCUUCACUUUACUGGUUGGGGGCUUGUUGAUCUCUGCAGACCAGAAAAUCAUCUCAUCUGAGGCUGGACAGAAUGUCACUCUGACAUGUCAAGCUCCAAACAACAGCAUUCUAGUUGUAGAGUGGAAAAGAGCUAACCUGGAUGAAUAUGGCCUUUUGUACCGGGAUGGUCGCUUAUAUCCAGCCAACCAGCAUACAUCUUUUAAGAACAGGGUGGAACUGCAGGACAUAGAAUUGAAACAUGGUGACGUGUCUUUGAUUCUGAAGAAUGUGAUGAUUACUGAUAGUGGAACAUACAAAUGUUUUGUUGUCAUGGAAAUUGGUAAUAAUAAUAAGAGUCCCAUCAUCACCAUCAACCUGAACAUCACUGAUCCUCCAGCUUCAGACCAGCAGAUCUUCAGACAAGCUGGGAUGAGUGUCAAUCUGACAUUUCUGGUUCCCACUGGCACCACAUCUGUAUGGCUAAAAAGACUUGAGAAAUAUAAAGACAAUGAGAAAUAUAUCUCCUACUGCAAAGACUUAACACCAACACGUCCCAGUGACCAGGAGGAGUCAUUUAAGGGUCGGGUGGAGGGGAUGGACUGUAGCAAUAUCAGCGGCACCGUCUCUGUAACGUUGAAGAACCUGACCAGAAACGACAGUGGGACAUACGAGCUUCAAGUGGUGGACCAUGGUAGACAGCUCUUUAAUAAAACUGUCUUCCUGAAUGUUACUGACCCAGGUCAACCAGGAGGACUCACAGAGGAUGGAGGGAAGGAGGCUGAAUCUGUUGGACUCACAGUGGGAGUUGGUAGUUUGUUGAUCUUUGUAGUCUUGGCUGGGAUAAUUUAUAAAUUCGUUACAUGCAAGGAGAAGAAUUCACACGACCUUCCUCCUGAUCAAGACGUUUGACUGAAGCAAACCUUUUUUUUCUGUAAGUCGGUGUAACAAAUUGAAAAGAGACGGAGAGGAGUGGUUUUAUUUUUUUCAUGAAUACAUUAACUGCACUCUGGGUUUGGCCCUCUCAACAUCAGACAAACCAGACUUUCCUGCAGCGUUAUCCUGUCAUUAAGAUGAUGACCACAGCAGCAGGACGGACACAUCUCCGAGUUCCUUUAACUUCAGCUUUAAGAGUAGAUUAAACACAUGAUCAACGGGUCAUGGAGAGAGCUUAACUUUCCUGGUACAAUUAUAAACUGUAUAAAUGAAGGACUUGGACACGGUGACACCAACCUUUGGUUAGACUCCACAUUUGAAAGCCUCCAUGUGUGGGUGGAUAAGUUUAUCUCCAGCAUCCAGGUGGAUGUUAAAAAAAAAUCACCCCUGUAGAGUUUUUAUAAAGUAAGAAACUGUCCAGAGAGAAUGAACCUGUUUUUAUACCUGUGCAAAGGUGGACAUUUGAACCUGUAUGUAUUUACUUAUGGAGACACCUUAUCAUGAAAUCUGUUGUGUAGUAUUUAAGAUGCUAAAAACAUGCUAAUAUAUGAAAUUUGUUUCUUUGUUUUUUGUUUUUUUUAAAUUAAAUUAUUUGAUUUUACAUGUUGUCUAAUUGUGUUAAUGAUUGAAGUAAAUAUUUGUGGGGGGGGGGUUUUCUGAUGUAUUCGUCUUUUUUUAUAAAUGUCAGAGUCUGUGUGAUGCUAUAUAGCCAUAAGUGUGACCAUUUAAUGUGAACUCUGCAGGUUCGGUCUCCCACAGCAGACAGGCUUUAAUUUUGAGGAUGGAUGAAGGAGGCAGGUUUUCUUUGAAUCCUCCUGUCACGUCAGACUUUCUAAUGUCCUGUAUCGUACGGUUGAUAUCGGAGCUCUAAUCUACACAAGUGUGGGUCUUUACAGACACUGAAGUCUGUUAGGUAAGAGUUCAUUAUUUUUGUAAUAAAAUAUACUCAUCUGAAUGAGGACAGAGGCAGCGAUCACUGGAAUUAUCAGCUAAAAAUUGUUUCUCUGACUCUCUUACAGGAUGUUACUGUUGUUCAUGAGGGUUUACCCCAUCCUGAACCCUGUACAAUCACAAUAUGUAUUUUUAUAUAUUUAUUUAAUUGUUCAAAUCUAAUCAGGGAACAAAGAAAAUAAUCAUUCUAACUGACACAUGAAAACUUUAUGACAUUCUUACUCAAAAAGUCCAUUUUGGCUUUGUCCAAAAUCCAAAGUUAUUGCUGAUAACUUGAAAAUGUAAGCUAGGUAGGUACUGAUUACAUGCAUAAACGUCUUUUUGAAUUUCUGGCUUUGUUGUUGUACUUGUGACCACGAGGAAUCCUUA